GAGAGAGAGACUCAGAGAAAGAGCAGAGUGAGAGAGAGAGAGUGUGUGUGCGCGCCUCUCUCUCUCUCUCUUCCAGGAAGGGAUUAUUAACCAGCGCGCUGCCGCCGACAUGUGAAGGAAAACACUCGCAGAGACAAAAGAAGUUUUCACGCUGCGGACAGAAGCCGCGCCAUGGACCCGAGCAGCAGAUAGAAGAAGAAGAAGAAGAAGAAGAAGAGGGACUAAAUGACAGAAGAGGAGAAACUACUUGUCCCACAGUGACGAGCCGAGCAGCCCCACUGCUGCUGGAGCAGAAGAAGAAGAAGAACAAGAGAGACGACGGAGAAGUGGAAGCAGAGAAGUUGACGGGAGAUAAUGUCUGAAUCCUCCUCCGCUGCGACCAAGAAUGUGCUUCCACAGCUCGACUGGCCGGUGCAUCAUUGUAUAAGAAGCGCACAGUGUACAGCACACUGCGUGGAGAUGAGACCAAGGCCAGUCGAUGCUGUGGGUGCAUGGCGAGCAGGAGAGGAGCUCUUUCAGUCCUUCCGCGAACCCGCUGCCAAACUCCACUUCCUCCCCCGUCCAUGCUCCCGCCGCGAGGCCAGCCAGCCGAAUGGAGGACGAGCCUGCCAGGCUGCCUGCGCACCUGCGUCUGCAGCCAGUCUUUUGGAGCAGGGAAGACGUGGCCCAGUGGCUGCGAUGGGCCGAGAAGGAGUUCGCCCUGCGGCCGAUCACCAGCGGCUCUUUCCAGAUGAAUGGCAAAGCCCUGCUGCUGCUCACCAAAGAGGACUUCCGCUACCGAUCUCCCCACUCUGGGGAUGUCCUGUAUGAGCUGCUGCAGCACAUCCUGAAGCAGAGGAAGCCCCACGUGUUCUACCCCUCUGCCUACUUCCCUGGGAACUCCUUCCACUCGCUGCCCGAAAGCCCUGUGCAGCACGUGAAGCUCGAAGAAACGGUACGACGAGGGCCACGUGGUACAGAGCCACCCCCCCAGCACCCACCAACCAUCGAGCUGCGGCACCGCUCCCGCUCCCCUCACCACCCAACCCUGCGUCGAUCCCCUCUGGAGCCCAAUCACCCUCGCCCCGCCAACGAUGACUCCCUCCAAACCUUCUCAGAGCUGCCAGACAGCAACCACCACCUGCACGAGGAAAUGUACCCCUUGUCUGUGUCCCCAGCCACAGCGAACGGCCGCUGCACGACGCCGCGAGAACCCCCGUGCCCGGGCAGCCCUGGGGGCCAGGAGGCGGGCCCUCCUCGCGUCAUCCAGCUCAUGCCCAGCACCAUCAUGAACCCUCUGCUCCUCACCCCGAGCAGGAGUGGUGGGGCUGCCGGCAUGGACUUCAGGCACAGCCGAGGCGGACCCCUGUCCCAGACGACACACGAGAACGGGCGUGAAAGUAAAGUUCACGGCCACCACCAUGCGAUACCCCUGGCACAUCAGCAGCAGCACCUGCUGCAGCAGGAGGAGGCACUCUACAGGAACCACGUCAUCAUGCCUGUGUCUCCUCCAGAGGAGCAGCAGAUGCCCAUAGGACGGAUAGCAGACUGCAGGCUGCUGUGGGACUACGUCUACCAGCUCCUGUCAGACAGCAGGUACGAGAACUACAUCCGCUGGGAGGAUCCAGAGAGCAAAGUCUUCCGCAUCAUGGACCCCAACGGCCUGGCCAGGCUCUGGGGGAAUCACAAGAACAGGACAAAUAUGACGUACGAGAAGAUGUCGCGAGCACUGAGACACUACUACAAACUGAACAUUAUCAGGAAAGAGCCUGGACAAAGACUUCUGUUCAGGUUCAUGAAAACCCCCGACGAGAUAAUGAACGGACAGACGGACCGACUGGAGCACCUGGAGUCCGACACAGAUGAACAAAUCUACAUCAAGGAGGAAUGCUGAGGAACGCUGGGGGGGAAAAAACUGUCCACAAACUCCUUACUACUAAAACUACUACAGCCGCUGAUGCCUUUCUGACGCAGCUUGAACAAUCGAUGUUGAAUCCGGAGCGUGCGGACGUUCCCUCAUAUCAUUCCUACACAGCGAGACGUGAAAUCUGAUCCCUCUUGUGAUUGCCUUAGGAUGAUCCCUUUCUGAAGUUAAACAGACACACACAGCACCAGUUGUUUUGAUUUCCCCGGUGGGCAGAAACUUUCCAUGUGCGCCCCUCUUUGUUUCUGAAUGAACUGCAGAAGCCAAUCACAUGUGCGUAUGUCACUUUUAUGAUUUUUUUUUUGUCUCUUCACCUGCAUUAUAUUACGGAAUUUUGUAAAAAGAAAAUUGUGUGUGUUUGUGUGUGUGCCUGUGUGCGUGCGAGUGUGUGUAUGUGUGUGUGACAGG